AUGAGUUUAUGUACAAGAUUUCAAAGGCAUCCCUCGCACAGCUUUUUUCUCAUGAGCGAGAAAAGAAGAAAAUUUCACAUCUAUUCUCAUCUGCCAUUUGCCGAACAUGAAAAGAACGAAAAAUUUUCUUCAUACACUAAAGAAAAAAAAAUUGGAUUGGAUGGAAAAGCGAUGGAUGGAAAAUCAAUUAUGGAUCAAGAGCAAGAGCGGCCCUUAUUAGCUUUUUUUUGUCUUCGCUUGGUCUUCAGGCUAUGGUAA